GUGGUUUUGAAUCUUCCUGUGAGCUUUAAUGUUUAAAAAUUCGUUACUUUUUUCACUGAAAGAUGCUCACAAGACGGUUUAAUGUUACGGUCAGCGUUUGUCAUGUCUCUCGUGUGUCCGCCGAAUCACUGAAUGUCGCUAAGUGACGCCUGCUUCGAAACUCGAUUCAAUACAAAUUGUGUCGAUACGUUGGGGUUGUGAAACAAGACGAUUUGUACCAGUCUAAUAUCUUUUCUUUACGCUUAAAAGUUAUGGAUGAGCAGUCAGGGUCUCCUGGACGUAAUGCCGACAGUAACGGCCAGAGAAAUGGAGAUGAGAAAGUAAAACGUGGCAAUUGGACCAAAGGGAAGAAGAGAAAGAAGCAAAUGAAAGACAGAAAUGCACCCAAAGCACCCCUGACAGGCUACGUUCGGUUCAUGAAUGACAGACGGGAGCAGCUUCGCGCAGAGCGUCCGGACGUGCCCUUUCCAGAGAUCACGAGGAUGCUGGGCAAUGAGUGGAGUAAGCUUCCCCCCGAGGAGAAGCAGCGAUACUUGGAUGAGGCAGAGCGCGAUAAGGAGCGCUACAUGCGAGAGCUGGAGAAGUACCAGAAGACUGAGGCCUACAAUUUCACCAAUGCAGUCCAAGACAAACAAAACUCCAAACGGCACAAAGGAGAUUCUGGGCACCAAGUAGCCAACGAGGCUCUCCAUGAGGACAGAGAGGGAAAAGACAGAACCGUAUUUGACAUACCGAUCUUCACAGAGGAGUUUCUCAACCACAGCAAAGCACGUGAAGCUGAGAUGCGACAGCUACGUAAGACCAACAUGGAAUAUGAAGAGCGCAACGCAGCGCUGCAGAAGCACGUGGAGGGCAUGCGAGGUGCAGUGGAACGCCUGGAAGGUGAUGUGAUGCAGGAGAGAGGACGGAACGGACUUCUCCAACAGCAUCUGGAGACCCUGCGCCAGGCCCUCACCUCGAGCUUCUCCUCUGUACCACUGCCCAGCAGUGGAGAAACACCCACUGUUGACACCAUCGACUCCUACAUGAAGAAGCUCCACAACCUCAUUGUGAGCAACCCCCAAGAACACGAGGCUCUGAUUAACACUGUGAGAGAUGUCGUCAAUCGUUUGGACAGAUAACUGGGCCACGUAUGAGUGAUUGGACGGACAUUCAUGGUCACAUCGGUGGAGGCUGUUCCCAAGGUGUUUCCUGUGUUGUGCAUCUUCUGGUUAUACGGUUUAUGUAUUUUAUUCAUUUAGUAAGAUGUUGGUUAAGGUUAUUUCUCUUAUUUAUUUACUGUUUUGUACAUGUUAAAAAAAUCUAGUAACACUUUGUUACAGCUGUGUGUCCCACCAUGAAAUGUAUAACAUGACAGGAUAUUAAAUGUUACGCACUUCCGAUUACUGCUUCUGCGUUUUUAUGUCUUGAAUUAUUUAUGUACUUUCACAUCAUUUUUCAUAUCAAUAAAAUGUCAGUGGAUCAGUAUUUUCUGUG